GUAUUGCCUUGAAUCCUGAACAGUGGAACCAACUGAAAGAGCAAAUUUCAGAAAUUGAUGAUGCAAUUAAAAGAACAUAAUCAUUCCUUGUCAUGUGACCUGCUGAACUAAUUGGACAUGUUUGUUGAGCAGUUGUACUUUUU